UCGGAGGUUAAAGUUCCAAGUCCACUUGAACCAUGAGGGUCGAUAUUUCGUGGAGCAUUCUGCUGUGGGUUCAAACGUUGCUUGUCGAGGGACUCGGACUCAGCCACGAAAUGUCGUCAACAAACGACAGCACGAGUUCCGGUCGGCGCAUCGUCAACGGCGUUGACGCUAACCCUGAGGAUUUCCAGUACAUAGUUUACCUGCACACAGAAGUUCCGCACGCCAGUGGAUGCGUGAUAAACGAUCGUUGGAUCCUGACCGUCGCUCACGCCCUGAUAAACGACGUCUGUCUCACAUUGAAGAUAUUCCCAUCGAGUUGGCACUCCGGCGACACCUCGACGAUAUUCGCCAUCAAGUGCUACAUACACCAAAAGUACAGUCCGGCCGAAAACGCGUACGACAUUGGCUUGGUGAAGAGUUCGGACAGUCUCAUUAACAAUGGUAAAAUCCAGACGAUCCCUCUUCCCGAACCAGGCAUCCAGUACACUCCUGGUACCAGAGGAACCAUUGCGGGAUGGGGACUUGAAUUGGAUGCGACUAUACCGGACCAUCUGCUGACCGGAGAUGUGAUUAUCGAAAGUUGGGAAACGUGCAACGCGGCGUUUACAAAGAGCGGGCCAGAGUGCGGGGGAAAACCGGAAUGCACUGCUCUAAACAUCCCUCGAAGAAUGUUGUGCGCACGAGGCGACUGGCCCAGUCCUCAAAACGUUUGUGCUGGAGAUUCUGGGGGGCCUUUGGUCAUCGAUGGGACCCUGGCAGGUAUCACUUCCGUAGGAUUCUUCGGGGAUAAGUGCUACGUUGGUACAGUCAGCAUGUUCACGUCUGUCGUUGAGUACUUACCGUGGAUAUACUCAUUCACUAGCCCCGAAAAAGACACGAGCAGUUUUCCGGUACAGCCAGAGUUUGACAAGACUAUACCUGCUUAAGGUGAACAUGGCGUGUGUGUGUGUGCCUGUUUUUUUCCAAGCAAACAUUGUCAUGAAUGCAAUUAAGUGGUCAUGGACUGUGUCUAGGAUAUCAUUGAUUUUAGUUACUCCCUGUAGCGAGGAAGUCAAUUUUCACGCAAAAC